CUAAGGCAGCCUCACGAACUUUAUCCAUCUUUUCAGACAAACCCCUCCGCCUCCGGCACCUAUCUCCCUCCCUCUCCGACUCGCCGACCGUACCAAACCAACGCCGCCGACUCCAUUUGAGCUCCGUCGACGACGGACCACGAGAUGAUGUGGGACGAGGCAUUCCCUCAGCCUCAGUACGCCUCCGACGGCGGACAAGAGGAACCCCACGGCGAGUACUCCCACCUCAAUUUCGAUUUCUUCUCCCUACUCGCGAAGCCCAAGGAUUACUACAAGAUAUUGGAGGUGGAUUACGACGCCACCGACGACGCGAUUCGGUCGAAUUACAUCCGCCUUGCACUGAAAUGGCACCCUGAUAAACAAAAGAAUCAAGAUGAUGCCACUUCGAGGUUUCAAGAGAUAAACGAGGCUUAUCGGGUGCUAAGUGAUCCUGUCAGGAGGAUGGAAUAUGACAAGAAUGGGAUGCAGCAUGUCUACGACUAUGAUCUGAUAGAGUAUCUUAAACGGUACAAGGGCCUGAUAUUAACAUGCAACGGCCUCGGAAUUCAGCAUUCGAUUUGGUGAAUCGAACUCACAGGAAUCAUCCUAUUCUCGAGAAUGAUAGAGCUCACUAUCGGCUGAGUAAUGUAUAUGAUUUAGCUUUCAGGUGUACUGUGAGGUCUUAAUUCCAGGCCGAUGUAAAUUGAAUGGGAUACGGCUUUAACAUCAUUCUAGAAGGCCAACUUUUGUCCGAUGAUGUCGCCGAUAAUAAGCUCUGUAUACAAACCUGCCCAGCUCCAUGAUGUCUUUGACGUCAAAUUUGUCGGCCUUACAGUUACACUAGCAAUCCCGAAACAGUAGUCCAUAAA